GCAGUGAAGGUCGUGCCAGCCAGUUUGCUUCAAGUGAAAAUUGUCUUUUUUCGUGAAAAUAUCACGAAUUUACACUAUAUUGAUUAUUUUCCUGUUCCGUGCUGGUGCUGUGAAAAAAAUGUCCGACCGUCAGGCUCAAGGACGAGCCCGUGCUCGUGGCUACACGGCCGUGAACCUGUCCCAUGAAGCUCACGAAGGCCGCGGCCAAGCGCCGGUCCGUGGAAGCGGAGUGCCGGUUCCCGGCCAAGGGCCCCGUCCAUCGUGGGGACCAGGUGCCGGUGAGGGACGUGCCAUGGUUCACCGAGAGCACUCCGCUGGUCGGGGUGCGAGUUCGAGCACUGGCAAUGGAGACAACGGCAACGGGAGCAGUGGUCAGUCUUCUUCGGCCACCGGUGCCGGAUCGCGUGGUGCCAUGCGUGGCCGUCGAACCAUCGGGGACACUCUGCGGACGCGUGCGCUGGACGCUCCGUCAAAGCAGGGAACGAUGGGCCAACCGUUGCAGUUGACUAGCAACUAUUUCAAGCUGCUUCGUCACAUCGAGUGGACUCUGCACCAGUACCGGGUGGACUUUGCUCCGCAGUGUGCGAGUGCCCGGUUGAUGCAGGGCCUGAUCAAGGAACACAAGAAGACGUUUGGGGGGUUCCUCUUCGACGGGACGCAGCUGUUUAUGGUCAACAAGCUGCGCAGUGAACAACUCACGCUCACGUCCAAGCACGAACGCACCGGCGACGUUUACCAGAUCAAGAUUGUCCACACCGGAACGGUGGACAUGACCAACGAGACGGGCAUUCAGGUGCUGAACUUGAUUCUGCGUCGUGCCAUGGGAGGGCUGAACCUGCAGCUGGUCGGGCGUAAUUUGUUUGACGCGGCGGCCAAGAUCGCCAUCCGGGAGUACCAGAUUGAGCUGUGGCCAGGGUACGUGACCAGCAUCCGGCAGCACGAGCAGGACAUUCUCGUGUGCUGUGAAAUCGCGCACAAGACGAUGCGGAUGCAGACUUGUUACGACAUUCUGCGCGAGUGCCAGCGCCACGAUCGCAACUACAUGGACUCGUUCAAGCGGGCCGUACUCGGCGUGGUCGUCCUGACCGAUUACAACAACAAAACCUACACCAUCAACGACGUUUCGUUCGACACGAACCCGCAGAGCACGUUCGAGACCAAAAACGGCAAGACGUCCUUCGUGGAGUACUACCAGCAGCGGUACAACAUCCGCAUCCGGGACGCUCAGCAGCCGAUGUUGCUGUCCCGCGCCAAGAAGCGGGAUCUGCGUGCCGGCGGCUGUGAACUGAUGGCCCUCGUGCCGGAACUGUGCCGCGUAACGGGAUUGACCGACCAGAUGCGAUCGGACUUCCGUAUGAUGAAGGCGAUGUCCGAUCAUACGCGGUUGAAUCCGGAUCGGCGCAUUGAGCGACUCAACACGUUCAACAAUCGGCUGCAAACCUGCCCGGAGAGUGCGGAUGUGUUCAAGAUCUGGCAGAUGGAAUUGGACCGUCGUUUGGUGGAGUUGCCAGGGCGGAUGCUGCCGCAAGAGCUGAUUUUCUUCUCUCCUACGGCUGGCGGAUUCCCCUCGGGUGAGCAGGCCGACUGGUCGAUUCACUUCCGGAACAAUCCGAUGUUUUCGACGGUUCGGCUGAACCACUGGUACCUGAUUGUGCCGAACCGGGCGAAUCGCGAGGCCAGCGAUUUCCUCGGAUGUUUGAUUCAGGCAGCGCGGGGUAUGCGGUUCGAAAUCAACCAGCCGGAGAUGGUGGCCAUUCCGGACGAUAAUCCAGCGACGUACGUGCGAACGUUGGACAACGUGGUGAACCGGGACCCGCAGAUGAUCAUGUGCGUCGUGUCGAACAACAAAGCGGAUCGGUACACGGCGAUCAAGAAAAAGUGCUGCGUCGAUCGGGCCAUUCCGACGCAGGUCAUGGUCCAGCGGACGAUCACGCCGAAGGGUGGCAACGUGCGCACGCUGAUGAGUGUGGCCACGAAGGUCGUCAUCCAGAUGAACUGCAAGCUGGGCGGAGUCCCGUGGAAGGUCAAGAUCCCCCUGAGCGGCCUCAUGACUGUGGGCUUCGACGUGUGCCACGACACCAAGGACAAGUCCAAAUCGUUCGGGGCGAUGGUGGCCACGUUCGAUUACGAAAACAAGGGCGUUCCGAAGUACUUCUCGACGGUCAGUCAGCACACGCACGGCGAGGAGAUCUCCAACUAUUUGCCGUUGAACACGGUGAAGGCGCUGGACGAGUACCGGAAGGAGUACGGCGAACUGCCCAAGCGGAUCAUCUUCUAUCGUGACGGAGUCGGCGAGGGCCAGCUGCACUACGUUUACGAGCACGAGGUCAAGUCGAUCGUGGAGAAGCUAGGCGAAGUGUACAAAAAGUUCGGCAACGACCAGGACGUUCUGUUCACCUACUUCAUCGUGAGCAAGCGCAUCAACACGCGCUUCUUCGAGCGGCGCAACAACCCAAAGCCGGGAACCGUCGUGGACGAUAUCGUGACGCUGCCGGAGCGAACCGACUUUUACCUCGUGUCGCAGUCCGUCCGACAGGGCACCGUCUCGCCGACCGCCUACAACGUCAUCUACGACACGUCCAACCUCAAGAUUGACCACCUGCAGAUGCUGUCGUACAAGCAGUGCCAUCUGUACUACAACUGGUCUGGAACGACGCGCGUCCCAGCGGUUUGCCAGUACGCGCACAAGUUGGCCUUCCUCGUGGGCCAGUUUCUGCACCAGUCGCCAAGCAAUCUGCUGGAGAAGAAGUUGUAUUUCCUCUAGGAGGAGGAAGGGCUUUGACUAUUGUUAUUGUUGAUUACUGACUGAUCAGUAGAUUUUGUUUUUUUUUUUUACUUUUUCAUGACUUGAUUAUUGACAAUUAAAUGAAAUAAAGACUACUUU